CCGGUGAUUUUUUUUUUAUAUUCCUCUUUCAAAAGAAAAUUUGGUUUUCCUCAAGUGAAGAAGAGUACCUAUGACUACCAGCGGGAAUAACCAGGUUGACUCGUACCCAAAGUCCCAAAAAGGUAGGGUCAUUGAUUCGGAAAUCGGAUCCGUAACCGUUGAGAGCGACAUGGAUUGCGGCUCCACCAUUGUACCUGGCACAGGUGGUCUGGGUGAUUCUGCAGCUCUCCCAGUGCUGGAAGAAGCACAUGGAUCAGGGUUAUCCAACCUCAAAGCUGCCGAGUCUUCGAAAGUUCGGAUAUACGAUGAACUCGAUGAUACUGCGUCUCGCUCUUCAAAACGUAAGCGCGAUGAGAAUAUUCCCGAUGGAAAUAAUAAUGCUGACAGCAAAAGGACUAAAGGCGAUGAUCAACCGAAAACUAAAAUUAUGCUGGUAAAUCGUGUUCGUGAGUUAACUAUGGAAGAUUUGGAAGAACUUCUUCGAAACCUGUAUCCUAGACAUGAUAAGAUGCUCGCGAAGCCAACUGUGCCCAGAUUUAAUGGACGUGGUGUAAACUCAGGCAGGAUAUGGUUUGACUGUGCCGACAUAGCAGGUCGUAAAUGGCUGGAAAAACAAAUCAAAAGUGUUACAGAUUCCUGGAGUCGAGGUAGCCUCGACGUUCUGGAUUGGGUUGCAGCCCCUCCUCUGAACCGGAUCCUGUUAUCAGUGCCAUGGCUGACAAACGAAUGUCGGCUCAUCAAGUUAUUUCUCGUUUAG